AAACACGUGGUUUGGAGAGCACUUAUAAAUCUCUGCUCCAGGCAGGAUCGUGAUGUUAUCUGCUGGCAACAGAAGGUUUGCUUGGAGCGGAGCUGCUGAGGCUGCCGGCAGGAGAGCGAGUGAGAGAAAGAGAGUGAAGUCACAGCGAGCUGAGCUCUAAGGCAGGCGCCAGUGAUGGGGAGAAGUGGUAGGGUUUAAGGAGCCAUUCUGGAGCAAGCCAGCUGCAGAGAGAAGGAUCGGAUUGGCAGAGGUCUAUUUUAGGGUCGCGAGUACCUACUUACCCUAAACAAGAAAGUGCAAGCUUGGUGGGAGCCAGGAGAGGUUAGGGAAGGGUGCGAGUCCCGGGGCAGCCCGCAGCCAACGCGCCCAGGAGGCAGUGUUGUUCCACAGGGGGUUAAGGAGGUGGCGGAUCUCUGUCGCCCUUGGCCGCCUGGAGCAAGAAAAGGAGGAUCCGAAGGACUGAGCUGGAGGCUGGCCCUCUUUGCAGGCAGCAGCGGCGGCUGCAACGUGGAGCGACCCAGCCGGGUGUAGGCCACAGCGCAGCCGGCAGGAGCGAGAUCGGCGCCGCCUGCUCAGGCCUCGGAGGAUCUCCGGGGCGGACAGUAUCUCACCGAGUCUCCGAGUGAGCUGCUCCGGGCGCAUCUGCCUCCCCGCGGCUCGCCAGGCUCGCUCUGGGCGCGCGCACACGCACGCGCGCACACAUCCACACGCACACUCAUCCACACACGUGUGGAAGGCAGGGCCGAGCCGCUCGAUCUUUGAACAUCUCAGUUAGAGCCCGGCGCAGCCCCGGCCGCCACUCAGCGCUCCCCACGGCCCUGCGUGCCUCCUGCCUGCCCCCCGGACCUUCUCGUCUCUUCCCUUUUGGCUGGAGGAUCGGAGUUCUGAUCAGACACUCCGCACCCAAGCCUGACACACUGAACUCCAUUUCUUCCUCUUAAGUUUAUUUCUACUUCAGAGCCACUCACCCUCUCCCUUCAGGAGAAAAAAACAAACCUUUCUUACUCCUUAAAGUGAGAGAUUCCUCCCCAACCCCCAACCCCAGCAUCGCAUAUUAAUAUCUCCACGUUGGGAACGCGUUGCAUUUUCUUUUUUAAAGGAAUCCCAACCAGGGACGUUUUUCUAUUGGGCAUUGGCUUUUGACUGCUUUGCAAAAGUUUCGUAUUAAAAACAGCUCUACCUGACCGCUCUGAGAAUUACUAGUUCCUUUUCAUAUUUUUUCUUACUUUAAACAACAACAGCAAAAACGUUUCUUCCUUUUAAAAACAUGCACUACUGUGUGCUGAGAACCUUUUUGCUCCUGCAUCUGGUCCCGGUGGCGCUCAGUCUGUCUACCUGCAGCACCCUCGACAUGGACCAGUUUAUGCGCAAGAGGAUCGAGGCCAUCCGCGGGCAGAUCCUCAGCAAGCUGAAGCUCACCAGCCCCCCGGAAGACUAUCCGGAGCCAGAUGAGGUCCCCCCGGAGGUGAUUUCCAUCUACAACAGUACCAGGGACUUACUGCAGGAGAAGGCAAGCCGGAGGGCAGCUGCCUGCGAGCGAGAGCGGAGCGAUGAGGAGUACUACGCCAAGGAGGUUUAUAAAAUCGACAUGCCGUCCCACUUCCUCUCCGAAAAUGCCAUCCCGCCCACUUUCUACAGACCCUACUUCAGAAUCGUCCGCUUUGAUGUCUCAACAAUGGAGAAAAAUGCUUCAAAUCUGGUGAAGGCCGAGUUCAGGGUCUUUCGCUUGCAGAACCCCAAAGCCAGAGUGGCCGAACAGAGGAUUGAACUGUAUCAGAUCCUUAAAUCUAAGGACUUAACAUCUCCAACCCAGCGCUACAUCGAUAGCAAGGUUGUGAAGACCAGAGCAGAGGGCGAAUGGCUCUCCUUUGAUGUGACAGAUGCCGUGCAGGAAUGGCUUCACCACAAAGACAGGAACCUAGGAUUUAAAAUAAGUUUACACUGCCCCUGCUGUACCUUCGUACCGUCUAAUAAUUACAUCAUCCCAAAUAAAAGCGAAGAGCUUGAGGCGAGAUUCGCAGGUAUUGAUGGCACCUCUUCAUAUGCCAGUGGUGAUCAGAAAACUAUAAAGUCCACUAGGAAAAAAAACAGUGGGAAGACCCCACAUCUCCUGCUAAUGUUGUUGCCCUCCUACAGACUGGAGUCACAACAGUCCAGCCGGCGGAAGAAGCGUGCUUUGGAUGCUGCCUAUUGCUUUAGAAAUGUGCAGGAUAAUUGCUGCCUUCGCCCUCUCUACAUUGAUUUUAAGAGGGAUCUUGGAUGGAAAUGGAUCCAUGAACCCAAAGGAUACAAUGCUAACUUCUGUGCUGGGGCAUGCCCAUAUCUAUGGAGUUCAGACACGCAACACACUAAAGUCCUCAGCCUGUAUAACACCAUAAAUCCCGAAGCUUCUGCUUCUCCUUGUUGUGUGUCCCAGGAUCUGGAACCCCUGACCAUCCUCUACUACAUCGGUAAUACGCCCAAGAUUGAGCAGCUUUCUAACAUGAUUGUCAAGUCUUGUAAAUGCAGCUAAAGUCCUCGGGAAAGCCAGGACACGAAAAUCACGGUGACAAUGACAUAUGACUACAACAAUGAUGACGAUGUUCAUGACAGGAGGGAGUUUUGAUUCAUCAGUGUUUUUAAAAAAAAAAAAAUUGGAGAAAAAAAUCGGUACUAGUCCAAACAUUUUGCAAGCUUGUGUUCUGUUUGUUAAAACUGGCAUCUGAGGAUUAUAGCAACAACAACCACAAAAAAUGGAAGGUGUUAGUCUGCAUCUCACCUACUUCCUGAGAGACACAAAAAGAAAACACAUCUUUUUUUUUUAAAGGAAAAUAAAAUAAACACUGGAAGAAUUUGUUAGCGUUAAUUAUGUGAAAGAAGAGCAAAACAGGAAAUUCCGUUCAGUGGAGUUGUACGUAUUGUUCCCACCCCGCACUUCACCCCACGCCUCUCCUGGUUCCUCUGUAUUGGUCUGCAGUGGGUGCCUUCCCUGUCCCUUCCUCCAAGCUAACAGUGGGUUAUUUAUUGUGUGUUACUAUAUAAUGAACCUUUCAUUACCCUUGGAAAGCAAAACAGGUGUAUAAAUGGAGACCAAAUACUUUGCCACAAACUCAUGGAUGACUUAAGGAAUUUGAACUCAAAUAAGCCAUGGGGGAAGGAGGUCAUACUGGAUGACCCCUUAUGAGUCGUUAUAGGACUGAGCAGGUCUGCAGAAAAAUCAAACCGCCAGCAAACAUGUGCUGUGUACACUGCUCAUCUGCUGAAGCUCUGCAGACCGCCCUACGCCCAGAAGGCCUGUUAACAAAGAAAACUUGGAAUCAGUGCAAAUCUGGAAGAUUGGGUUUUUUUUUCCUUUUAAUUGUAAAUGGUUCUUUGCCAGUUUAAGCAAGCCGGUGAAAUGUUGACCUGUUUUGAUGUAUAUUGUCAGACUUUUGACCGUGAAGUGGCUGUUGAUCUACAAUACAGGUUUUUUCUUUGUCUUGGUAUAUGUAAUUACAUGGAUAUUAUUAAAAAAAGACGGGUCUAGAAGCCAGCAUGAUUGAAAACACACUGCAGAUCUGUUUUACAAACUAUUAAAUUGAAACAGUAACUACUUUACAUGUAAUGUGUAGAUCUUACCACAUUUUUAAUAUUCUGUAAUAAUGAUUAUGAUUUAGAUUGAACUUAAAUUUGGACUCUUUUCUUUUUUUUUUUUAAUGAUCAUUCAGAUUGUAUGUUUGUUUCCUUUAGCUGGCCAGUACCUUUGAAUAAAACCCCUAGAUUUUGACUUGCACUACAAAUUCAAUUUUUUUAUAUACUAUCUUCUUUGCCUGUAUUGUCCUUUUAAUGUCUUCUGUAUUGUCCAUUUAAUGACAUAAGCUACCCAGAUCCAUUCCUCCCCAGCCCCAAAUACAAAAACAAAACCCAAACAAAAACAAAGCCCCCAAAAAGAUAGGUCUGAGUUCCACGGUGUUGCCCCAUCGUUUCUGUAUCAGUAUGAGUCAGGUGGGAUGGUAAACAGUGCUUCUGGGAAAACGGAGCCUCAUGACCGCAGAUGACUGACCACAAAGGUAGAUUAGACAAGACUUAAGAAUCUCAGCUCAGAGUCUUGGUGAUCGGGCUAGGAGAAGUUUCUUUAGCUCAGAUAUUUACGGACUCUCUUUGCUGUUCAAAAGCAGACAGUUCAAAGGAAGCACCUUUUUCUUUAAUUGGGUUUUUGAUGGGCAUAUUGAUUGGGCAUAUUGAAAGAUACAGUUUGGUUAUGUCCUCGAUUUCACUGAAGUUCAGGUUUUAAAAGACAUUCUUUCCAGGCUGGAAAAAAAAAAGCACAAACCAAAAUUGCCCUCGUCGAAAUAAUCUUCCGUUCACCUGAGCGCCCUAUCACUCAGCAGCUUUUUCUCAGAGGUGGGGCCUGAUGGUGGGCUUUGCAGGGUGGGUAUCCUUGUCACGGAGCUUCGACAUAUGAUCCAGUCCACGAAACGAUGGACUAUUUGUGGUCUCGCCUGAAGGGCAGCACACUGAGGUGUGAAUACAAGGAGAAUUUCUUUGAUCUCGCAAGCUUAUCUGAGGAGCUCUCCUCGAAUCCACUAAGAUAAAGAACGGAGUUUGCAAGACAGAAGACACACAGAGCAAGGCUGGUGAAUGGCCCCUGUGUCCUGUGCACCGCAACCCCAGAUCUGCCCCGUACUCCGAUUCUUUCCCUUUCCAGUCCACUGUUAUUUCUGUAUAACACCAUCCCUAUUUCUGCAGAUAUUUUCCUCUCGGAUAAAAUGACAUCUUUUUUGAAUGCACUGACUGCUAUUUUAAGGGUUCUUGAAUCUUUUUUUUUUAAGUCUGUGGGUUCUAAAGGUCUUUCUUUUCAGUUAGUAAAUAUUG